GGCUGCCCGUUAAAGGGGCCGCGCCCUGGGCCCCGGCCGAGAGCGAGCCCGGGCGGAGGGCAGGGCAGGGCGUGCGUCCCGGGGAGCGCGCGGGCGGCCGGGCCCUCCGCACCAUGUACACCAUCACCAAGGGGCCCAGCAAGCUGGUCGCGCAGCGCCGCACAGGUCCCUCGCAGCAGCAGGUGGAGAGCCGGCUCGGCGAGCUCCUGAAAUGCCGGCAGCCCGCGCCGCCGACCCCAGCGCCCCCGCGGGCGCAGCCGCCGGGACCCUGGCCCCUGUCGAGUCCGGGGCCAAGGCUUGUGUUCAAUCGGGUGAAUGGCCGGCGGCCCCCUGCCACAUCUCCAUCCCUUGAGGGAACCCAAGAGACCUAUACACUGGCCCAUGAGGAAAACGUCCGGUUUGUUUCUGAAGCUUGGCAGCAAGUGGAGCAGCAGCUGGGCAGUGGCCCAGCUGGCGCUAGUGGGCCUAGGCCUGUGCAGUACGUGGAGAAGACCCCCAACCCCCGGCUGCAGAACUUCGUGCCCAUUGACCUGGACGAGUGGUGGGCGCAGCAGUUCCUGGCCAGAAUCACAAACUGCUCCUAGCUGCCUUGGAAGGAGUGUCCGGCCCUGCCCCGUGGUGGACCUUGUGCCCCCCGCCAGGAGAGGACGUCGG